CAUUUAUACAGAUCACAUGACAGCGUAACGGGGGAUAUAGUCUCCCUAGUCUAAGUCUUUUCCCUCCAUACAUCAUUUGUCUCCGAGAGAAGAUGAUAAAGAACCGAGCUUUCGGUGUGAAAGAUUGUCAUAGAGAUAAGUUUCAGAAAGAAAAAAGAUUGUCAUAGAGAGAGAGAGAGAGAGAGAGAAUAUGGAGGAGAGUAGUGGUCGGAAGAUCGGAGUGGCGGUGGAUUUUUCGGAGUGCAGCAAGAAAGCUCUGAACUGGGCCAUUGACAACGUCGUUCGCGAUGGCGAUCAUCUAAUCCUUAUCACCGUGGCUCACGACAUGCAUUACGAGGAAGGCGAGAUGCAGCUCUGGGAGACCGUUGGAUCACCUCUGAUUCCGCUGAGUGAAUUCUCUGAAGCUGCCGUGAUGAAGAAGUAUGCAGUGAAGCCAGAUGCUGAAACCCUUGACAUUGCCAACACUGCCGCUAGGAAGAAAUCUAUUACAGUAGUGAUGAAGAUAUAUUGGGGAGAUCCUCGUGAGAAGAUAUGUGAAGCUGUUGAACAUAUUCCUCUUUCAAGUCUUGUCAUCGGUAACCGAGGCCUUGGUGGCCUUAAAAGGAUGAUAAUGGGAAGUGUAAGCAACCAUGUUGUGAACAACGUGGCAUGCCCUGUGACCGUCGUCAAGGCUCACCACUGAUUUGCUUGGAGAACAUGAUAACCGUUUUAUAUUCUAAGAUUUGUGCUUUGUUAUGUCUGAAUUUGUAUUACUAACUAACUCUUGUGUGACUUGUAUGUUCUUUCUGCUGUGCAUCUUUACACUUCACUACCUAAUAAACACACACUGUUUUUUGAGUUUUG